UCAAAAUAAAUUUAGUUGCAUUUAAAUUCUGAAUGAAAUGAGAGGCCUAUUCGUCGGAUUCUUACUCGUCAUAUUCGUGAUAAAUUCGAUUGCCGUACCUGCCCAAUGGAAGAGACCGACUAUAACUGUUGAUAUAAAGGGACAAGGUUCUGUCUUGGGAAAUUUUGGUACGACAUUGUGGACAAAUCAAAAAUAUAUGCGAUUUCGCGGUAUUCCAUACGCUGAGGCACCUAGUGGAAAUUUGCGAUUUAAGGCACCAGUUGCCCGACAGCCAUGGAAUCAAAAAUUUGAUGCUACUAAAUAUGGCCCUCAUUGUCCAACAAAGAGCUACAAACAUAUUGGAAGGGAUUCAAUUAUAGAUGUUGAAGAUUGCCUACAUUUAUCUGUAUUUACCAAAGAUUUAAGUGCUAAGAGAUCUGUUAUGUUCUAUUUACACGGAGGUGGAUUUUAUUAUGGUGCUGCUGCCGAUCAUCCACCUCGUUAUUUACUCGAAAAAGAUAUUGUACUUGUAGUACCACAAUAUCGUGUAGGUGCCCUGGGUUGGCUAACCACUUUUACACAUGACAUGCCGGGUAAUGCACCGUUUAUGGAUAUACUCUUAGCGCUACAAUGGGUACAGGAACAUAUAAGUGACUUUGGUGGUGAUCCAGAUAAUGUGACAGUAUUUGGACAAAGUGCGGGAGCAAUAAUAACAAGUGCUCUACUUUUAAGUCCUAAAAGUACGGGUCUUUUUAAACGUGUCAUAUUACAGUCUGGAUCUAUAAUGGGACACUCGUCAAUAAAAAAGGAUCCACACAGGCAAUUUGAACGAAUUUGUAAAGCUUUGGAUUGUGGUGCAUGUGAAAUUAACAACGAAGUACAUAGGUGUUUAAGAGAAGCAACGGUGGAUCAAAUACUGGAAGUAACACAAAAAGAGUCCUUUCGACCCGUCGUUAAUGAUAUCAAUGGCAUUAUACCAGAACAACCUGCGGAACUCCUACGAAAACUUAAUAAAUCGAUUUCUGUUAUGACUGGGUUUACAAAAGAUGAUGGUUCUUUCGUUUUAGCAAAAUAUUAUGAUAAAAUGAAGAAAGUAAAUGGUGACUUAAGUACAAUAACAGUGCGCCAAUUUGCUGACGGAAUUAUGAAUUUAGUUAAUGACAGGACACGUUUAAGUAAUAAUUUAUUAACACGUCUGUUAUUUACUCCACAAAUUUUGAAUGGAACUGCUCACAAAGAAGCACUGUCAGCUUAUUUCGAUUUAUGUACAACAAUUUAUAUGAAGUCACCAAUUAUUGCUUUUGCAACCCAACUAAUAGAGAAGGAUUUAGCUGAUAUAUACUUAUAUAGCUUUGAUUAUGAAGGUCAAAACACUCGAUUUGGCUAUGAUUUGGGAAACGAGCAUUAUCCUUUCAAUGGCGGCGUACAUCAUUCUAACGAUAAUAUAUAUUUAUUUUCCACUCAUUCUUUGAAUGAUAAUGACACACGUAUGGCUCAAAAAAUGGUUGAACUGUGGACUUCAUUUGCUAUUGAUGGCAUUCCUAGUAGCAGCGAAGGACCUUCUAUAUUACCAAUGAGUUCUCCUAGUGGACCAUAUUUUCAUAUAAACAAUGAGAUCACAAUCAGUAAUGAUGUUUUGGAUGAGCUUACAUCAACACUUGAUGAUCCAGAUAACAACAAGCUAGAUAGAAUAAAUAGAGAAUUUUAAUAUUAUGUAUAGUUAUUUAAUUACAAAUCGGGUUGUACUUUACAAAACUUGUUUUUAGAUGAUAUCUUAAAGAAAAAAAGGGGAAAUAUUUAUAGAAAGGUGCAAGGUUCAGAUCAAGGUUAGUUAGCCUAUUUACAAAUUGAAACAAAUUUGUGUUAAGGAAUUGUUAAAAUGAAUGAAAACAUAAAAAUUUAUUAUACAUUUUUUUAUUAAAAUAUCAUUUAUAAUAUAUAUUAUUGAUAUAUAUAUUUCCUGGUUAUUAAUUUCAGCUGGUUGGGAAGUCAGCUAGUUAAUUUUAUAUGAUCUAGUUUGUUUGAAAAAAUACUUUAAUACAAUUUUCUACGUUUAAGAGAAUAUUCUUCCCUUUAAUAAGUUUUAUAGAGUAUAUCCAAACUAAAUUGUUUGCUGUGAAAAUCUCAACUCAUUAGUUAAUCCGGUUAAUCCGAAUAGUAUCAAAAUUUAGACUAAGGUCAUAUGCAGAACAUAUCCUUAAAAAGCAUCAUCGGCUUUAUUUAAGUUUUUAGACAGUUUUAUAUGCUUUGAGUUUUAUGGACUAAGAUAAUUAAGCAAUUAUAUUUAAGUGGACUCAUAAGAUCAUCGUUAUAAUUUAACCUAUCCUAAAUCGAUGUGAUAUGGAUGAUUAAGCUUUUAUGGUAGUUUAAUUAAUUCAGCAUUAAACUUGUGAUCACAAUUUGUAAAAUAUUUGAGAAUAAAUUAUUGCAGAAUUUAUUUCAAAACUACUUGAAGAAUAUUUUGUUAAAUUUUUCAAGAAUUUUAAUAAUUAGAGAAGAUAUAACACCGCGAUCUCAAAAUCUAUUCCGUAUUAACUAAUGAGUCAAGAUUUUCGCAGCAAACAAUUUAGUUGGGGUAAAAAGAUGGAGUAAAAGGGUUAAUUAGCUGUUGUAAAAAGAUGGAGUAAAAAGGUUAUAAAUAUUCUUGGUGUUGUCUGGAUCAAAAGUAAUCAACCUAUUUUUGUUGAAACUAUAUGAGUACCAAGUCUUAAUGGUAUGGGUAAUUGUAUGUGAUUAAGUUGUACAACUUGGUCGCAUGAUGAUUGUCACAUGUAAUUAAAUAAUUAAAUAUAAUAAUUAUGGCAAUAAUUAAAAAUAAGUGCAUAGAUAAAUAUAAAGGGAAGCUAUACUCAUAACAAAACACAAGAAUUUUUACUUCUUGUUUUUAUAUCUAAUAGCCUUAUAAGAAAUCUU